AGUCUUAGGUUUAAGAGAUCAGAAGGAGAACGUGCUCCUCAACGUUAUGUAUUUAAAGAAAUUUACUUGCCAAUGGGGAAGGAGCUCAUGACUCAUGACUGUAGAUAUGAGUGCCUCAUGGAGAGCAACUGUUUGUCUGUGAACAUCGGCCCACCAAACAAGACAGGCUUCAGGCUCUGCCAACUGAGUAAUUUUGACCACGCCCAACAUCGUGAAGAUAAAGAAAUACGAAAAGGUUUUAUUCUCUGGGCCUCUGAGAAUUCGUGCACCAGUACUCCCUGUCUCCAUGAUUCCACCUGUCUCAAUGGAUAUACCGACAAGAGAUACAUUUGCCUGUGUCCAGAUAAUUACACGGGAGAAAACUGUGAAAAAGAUAGAAACGAAUGUAUUGACAACUCUCAUGACUGUCAUGCCAAAGCUGUUUGUAAUAAUACCGAGGGAUCAUUUACGUGUAGCUGUACAGAAGGUUAUCAGGGGAACGGUCGGAAUUGCACAGAUGUGGACGAGUGUACCAGCCACAUCCAUGGCUGUCACUAUAAUGCAAGUUGCAAUAACACAGACGGCUCUUACACAUGCAAAUGCAAAACGGGAUUCAAUUGCACAUUCAAAGCCGUGUUCUCAAAUCUCAAUGCCACUGGAAGAUGUGGUCCAACAUCGCUCGGAAGUUACUACGCAGGUCAGGAUCAUGACGGACAAGUUGCUCUGUCCAGCGGUAUUCAACAGUGGACUGUGCCGUACACUGGUGAUUACAGAAUAGAAGCAAUAGGGGCAGCUGGAGGGUACGAUAAACGGAUUAACAGCUCUCAGUAUCGCGGAAGAGGAGCAAGAAUGAUUGGAACAUUCCGCUUAAACAAGGGUGAAGUCAUCCAGGUACUUGUAGGUCAAGAAGGAGGAAUAAACAAGAUGGAUUAUUCUUCUGGAGGUGGUGGAGGUACAUUUGUAGUGAGAGGAGCCAACACACCUUUGAUAAUAGCUGGAGGCGGAGGAGGGGUAGCACUUGUACGUUCAAGACAUACAGAAUGUGACGCCAGCACAAACACGUCAGGGAAUCCUGGGUACAGAUCAUGGGCAGGGGGGAGCAAUGGACAUGGUGCACAGACUGCUGAUUCUGGAUUAUCAGGUGGUGGUGGUGGCGGGUUUUACUCCAGUGGAAGAAGUGGAAAGAAUUUCAAUGGGACCGAGGGAUAUGGUGGCGAGGGUGGUAAGGGAUUUCUGCAGGGAGGGGUGGGUGGGAGAUCAGAGGAUUUCGACGUCUAUGGUGGGUUUGGCGGAGGAGGUGGAGCUUGGGGAUUGAGCAGAGGAGGAGGAGGAGGAGGAGGAUACUCUGGGGGAGGCAGUGGAAAUGAUACUCUGGAUGCCUGUGGGGGUGGUGGUGGAUCCUACAAUGUUGGAAACAAUCAGCAGAAUGAAUGUUGUUACAACAAGGCUGGCCAUGGUCAGGUGACCAUCACACUACUGUAG